AUGCCGCAGGUACGCAAAGCUAAAGUGAAAAUCCAAGCAGUGGAUUCUCAUGGCCAAUCUUUACCAAACACAACUGUCUCCCUGGCACAACAGAAGAAUAAUUUCCCGUUUGGUAAUGCAAUAAGCCAACACAUCCUAAACAACAAAGCCUAUCAAGAUUGGUUUACUUCAAGAUUCAAAUACACAGUUUUCAAAAACGAAAUGAAAUGGUACGCCAACGAGAAAAUCCCCGGCCAACUAGACUACAACGUAGCCGAUGCUAUGCUUAGUCUUGUCCAAAAAUAUAUCAUUAAAGUCCGCGGCCACAAUGUCUUUUGGGAUAAUCCUCAGAAUAUACCCUCGUGGGCGCACUAUCUUUCACCAGCACAACUAUCUUCAGCUGCAUCAAGAAGGAUAAAUUCAGUAAUGAAUAGAUAUUUAGGCCAACUUAUUCAUUGGGAUGUUGUGAAUGAAAAUGUCCACUUCUCGUUCUUAGAGCAGAUUCUAGGGAAGAAUGCGUCUGCUGUUUACUACAAAAAGGCUAAUGAAAUUGAUAGCAAGGCAAUUCCAUUCUUGAAUGAUUUCAAUACAAUUGAACAUGGAUUUGAUGGAACUUCAAAUCCAGCUAAGUACCUAGAAAAGAUUAAAGAGCUUCGAUCCCAUGGUUACAAUGGCCCUUUAGGAAUUGGACUCCAGGGACAUUUUGUCACCCCAAAUUUGCCUUAUAUAAGAUCUUCUCUUGAUAUGCUUGCUUCAGCUGGAUUGCCAAUUUGGAUCACCGAGUUAGAUGUUGCAAAUACCACCAACCAGGAGAUGAUGCUAAGUGAAGAAGAUGUUCUGGAGCUAAAUCGGAUAAUUUGGAGCUUUGAAAUCCGAGUAAAAGCCCAAGGAAUUAAACCGGGAUCGCGUCUGGUGCUCGUGGACCGGCGUUGCAUACGAAAGUUGGAAGAAAGAGAAUUGAUUCCAUACAACCCAAAGGUAGAAAAGAGUCUGCAAAAGUUGAGGAAAGAGAAAGAACUCAUCGGAAAGUUCUUGGGACAGCCUUCAACCCAAGAACACAUGGCUAAUCACAGUAAAGAUGCGGCAAAUCUGGCUGCAAGAGAAGCAGCACAACAGAGAGAAGAACCUACAAGGAUAGUAGCUUAG